AUGACCGGAGUCACCAGCACCACCACAUCCAUCGCAGACCUAUUGAAUAGCUGUCGUGGCCCCAAACGUCAUUGGGGCACAUCGAAAUUGAUUCGAUCAACUCGGGGCACGGUGAAGCCAAUAAAUAACGCACCACUAGAACUGUCACCUCGGACUCCGCAGAACGACACCUCCCUUCACAAUGGAUUUCGCAGUGGAGGCUUACCUGGAGAAGAACCUUGUGGCGCCACUUUCAUUUUCUUUGGGAGCGGGCGUGCAGACGGGCGUUAUCUUAAAUCAACGAUUGCCCUCUUAUGGAUUGCAGACACGGUUCACGAAGCCCUCAUCGCCCAUACACUGUACAUCUAUAUUUCUUCGAGCUAUCAUAAUCGAGCCAUCUUGUACCGUCCGCCAUGGUCAACCCUUGUUCAGAUGUAUUUUGCAGCUGCUAGUGAUUUUGCCAUCCGACUCAUUUAUUCGCGACGAAUAUACAUACUUCUAGCUCUGCGCGAAAAGAAGACUCUUGCCUACUUGUUAGUUGCAAUAAUCAACCUACUAUCUAUUGCGUCUACAGGCAAGAUACUGUCAUCCGUUCGUGACUUCGCGGGUAUUGAUGUCAGGCCCAUCAUAACUUCGAACAGGACUCGCUUUUGGUGA